AUUUAAAGACAAAAGGGGCAAUUGAGCAAUUUUUCUAAUUUCUGCAAGACUAAUGCGAGAAAUUCCUCGAAGUCAACGAUCUCAGCUCUUUUUUCCUGAACCCAAAUCAGAGUAUCAUUUCUGCUUUGCAAUCAUUGAGACUGAAAAUACCAAUCAUCCAUCUUGCAACCAUAAUUUGAUUCUGGGGGCCGAUUUUGAUUUUGAGUUCCAUUUUCAGCUUUCAUUGAAUUCUUCUUUUGAUCAAACUUUUCCCUCUGGAUUUCCUUAUUUUCCACCAUCAACAAGGAGGAAAAAUGCCUGUGGCGGAGCUUUUUCUGUCACCACUUUUACAGGUACUGUUUGACAAGCUGGCCUAUCCCGUGUUGCAGAGCUUUGCCAGGCAACAAGGAAUCCGGGCUCAGCUCAAGAAAUGGAGCAAAACACUGGAGCUGAUUCAAAAUGUGAUCCUUGAUGCUGAGGAUAAGCAGAUAACUGAUCGACGAAUAAAGGACUGGCUGGAAUCUUUACGGGAUUUGGCUUAUGACUUGGAUGACAUCGUUGAUGAGAUUACUACUGAAGCUUUUCGCCAGAAGUUGAUGGAGCCAGAUCACUCUAGAAGAAGUAAGAUCUUGAAACUUAUUCCUACUUGUCAGAACUUCACUCCUCAUGCUAUCAAGUUCAAUGCAAGAAUUCAAUCAAGAAUAAAAACCAUAUCUGCUCAGUUAGAUGAACUUGCGAAGCAAAAGAAUGACUUGAACUUAGUUCAGCAUGCUGACAAUGGAGGGAUAUCGGGUAGAUCUGUGGUAAGACAUCCAACUACUUCUUUGAAUGAAUCCCAUGUUUAUGGUAGGGAAAGAGAAAGAGAAGAAAUCUUAAAUAUGUUGCUAAUGACCAAUGAGACGUGUAAAGAUGAUGUUUGUGUGAUUCCAAUUGUUGGUAUGGGUGGAAUUGGCAAGACAACUCUUUCUCAGCUUGUUUAUAAUGAUGAGAGAGUCAACGAUUUCUUUGAUCUUAAGGCUUGGGUGUGUGUUUCUGAAGAGUUUGAUGUGCUUGCUAUAACUCAGACAAUUUUCGAGUCUGUGACAAAAGUGGGCAGCGAAUCGAAGAACUUGAAUAUGCUUCAGGUGCGUUUGCAUGACAAACUUUCUAAGGAAAAAUUCCUUAUUGUUUUGGAUGAUGUUUGGAAUGAGGUUUAUGAAAGUUGGGAUCUUUUGAGUCGCCCUUUUCAAGUUGGACUUCCUGGCAGUAGAGUCAUUGUCACAACGCGCAACAAUAAUGUCGCAUCGAUGGUGGGAUCUGUUCCAGGUUACCAUGUGGGGCGGUUGACUAAUGAUGAUUGUGUUUCUCUGCUAGCUCAACAUGCACGAAGAGAUUUUGAAAAACACCCAGAACUGAAAGGAUUUGGCGAGGAUUUGGCAAAAAAGUGUGGAGGCUUGCCUUUGGCAGCAAAGGCACUUGGAGGUAUCUUGCGCUCUAAAAUAAGUCCUGGAGAGUGGAGAGAGGUAUUGGAUAGCAAGAUAUGGGAUUUACCUAAUGAAGGCAACAUUCUUCCGGUGCUCAGAUUAAGUUACUAUCAUCUUCCUCCCCAUCUGAAGCAAUUGUUUGCAUAUUGUUCUGUAUUUCCAAAAGACUAUGAGUUUGACAAGCUCGAACUGGUUUUGCUGUGGAUGGGGGAAGGUUUUCUGCAGCAACCAAAGGGGACGAAAAGAAUGGAAGAGCAGGGGUUCGACUGUUUCAAUGAGCUAGUGUCUAGAUCAUUCUUCCAACGGUUAAGCGGCUCUCAAUCAAGUUUUGUCAUGCAUGAUCUCAUCAAUGAUUUGGCACAGUUUGUUGCUGGGGGAACUUGCCAUAGGCUAGAUGAUAAAGUUGAGAUAUAUGAGUGGCACAAAGUUUCUGAACAUACUCGCCAUGCUUCAUUUCUUCGUCAUGAAUAUGAAGUCUUCAACAAAUUCCAGGCUUUGUACAAAGUUCGAGGCUUAAGAACGUUCAUACCAAUGCCAGUUCAAAAUGUGCAUGUCUGGCCACCUUUCUAUAUAUCAAAUAGAAUUUUACUCCACUUAUUGCCUGAGUUACACAGCUUAAGAGUUUUAUCUUUGAGCGGCUAUUCAAUAAGUGAGCUACCAAGCCCCAUAUGCAGCUUGAUACAUCUGAGAUAUCUUAAUCUGUCUGGUACUUCAGUUACAUCAUUGCCUGAGUCUCUGAGCAACCUUUACAAUUUACAGACGUUAUCCUUGCGAAACUGCCGCUUUAUCUCUAAGCUGCCAGAAACUCUGGGAGAUUUGAUAAACCUUCGGCAUCUGGACAAUGCUAAUACAGAGCAACUGAAAGAAAUGCCCAAGGGAAUUGGUAAAUUGACAAGCCUGCAGACUUUACCUAAGAUUGUUUUGGGCAAAGCUUGUGGAUUGGGACUAAGUGAGCUGAAGAAUCUUUCGCUUUUGCGAGGGACGCUGAGCAUUGAAGGACUGCAAAAUGUAGUGGAUAUUCAAGAAGCACAGGAGGCUUAUUUAAAGAACAAGCCAGACCUAGAGGAGUUGCAGCUGAUCUGGAGCAACAAAACUGAUAAUUCUUGUGAUGCAGAUGUGCUCGAUAUGCUACAACCUCACAGACACUUUAAAAAGCUUAAGAUUGAUUUCUAUGGAGGCAGGAAAUUUCCAACUUGGAUUGGUGAUCCAUUAUUUGAUAAAUUGGAGAGCAUCAGCCUCAGCAAUUGUGUUAAUUGCACAUCUCUACCACAUCUCGGACAGCUGCACGAGCUCAAACACCUGCGCAUAGGAGGCAUGCUUGGUAUUAAACGCAUUGGCAUUGAGUUUUUCAUGGGUAAUUAUCCUCUUGAACAUGCAUUUCCAUCUCUGGAGACUCUGAGGUUUGAGUGCAUGCCUGACUGGGAGGAAUGGUCUUGGAAUGAUGGUGAAAUGCAAUUCCCUCACCUUCAUCAGCUUACCAUGUUUAAGUGUCCCAAACUAACCAAAAUAUCACCUUUGCAGCUUCCCCUUCUUCACGAGUUAGAUCUUGAAGAGUGCACCAGAGAGGUACUAGACAGUUUCAUGGAUCUGAAUUCGCUAACAUACCUGAAGCUUGAGUCAAUUACAGGGUUAUCAUGUCUUCCGAGAGAACUUACACUGUGCUCAUCUAAACUUGAAGUCCUUGAGAUAUGUAACUGCAAUGAUUUCCUCAAAUUGUGGGAAAGUGGAAUUGGACUACAAACUCUGACAUGCAUAAGACGCCUUGUCAUUGCAGACUGUGAAAGUCUCGUCUGCUUGGUGGACAAUGAUCAACAGUUGCCAAGCAAUCUCGAAGUCUUGGAACUAUUCCGUUGUGCAACUCUAUGUUUCCUGCCUCCUGAUCUGAGCAGCCUUAUGUCUUUGAGGGAGUUGAUCAUCAAAAAUUGCCCAAAACUUCUGACCUUUCCAGAGCUUGGUCUCCCGCCUAUGCUUAGACGCCUCGAGAUACAGGCUUGUAAUGCACUGAAUGCCCUUCCCAAUGGCAUCUCUGGUCUUGAAAGGUUGGAGCUCAAGGAUUGCUCAUCUCUGAGGGCCUGGCCAGCAGGUAACUUCCCAACUAGCUUUAAGAAAUUUGUCAUAAAAAACUGCGAGCAUCUACAACCAGUUUCACAAGAAAUGUUUCACCAGAACAGCAGCAUGUCUCUGGAGGACCUCAGUGUCUUGAACUGGCAAAAUAUUGGGACUUUAAUUCAGUACAUGCACAAUUUUUCACGUCUUGUUGAACUCUACAUAUCUAAUUGUGAUACUUUGGAGUCAUUUCCUGAUCAAGGCUUGCCCACACCAAAGCUAAGGAUCCUCUCCAUUGAAUAUUGUUCAAACCUGAACUCCAUACCAGCAGAGAUUAACAGAAUCUCAUCCCUCGUAUCAUUGGAAGUACGUAGUUGCCCAAAGCUUGAGACUUUUCCCAAAGGAGAGUUGCCAUCGAGCUUAACUUCACUUCGGGUCUGGGAUUCUAGGAAACUCAGACCCCUGGCAGAAUGGCACCUUGACAGACUCGCCUCUCUUCAAGAAUUCUCCAUCUGUGGUGGAUUUCCAAAGCUGGUUUCAUUUGGUGAUGCUGAACAUCUCUUUCCUUCAUCAUUAACUAAAUUUUCUAUCGCAAGAUUUCCAAGUCUGAAAUCUGUCUUUAAGGGCCUUAAUAGCUUGACCUCCCUGCAACAUCUAUCUCUUAUGAACUGCCCCAAACUUCAGGUCUUGCCUUGUCAUAAACUACUUGACAGGCUUUGGCAUCUUGAAAUUAGUGGCUGUCCACAUCUGAGAGAUCGGUGUUUGAGGGAAAAAGGUGAGCAUUGGCAAAGGAUUGCUGACAUUCCCUGUGUGGAGAUAGAUGGCUCUUACGUCUACAAACAGAACCCUGAAUGAUCAAAUUCCUGGCAUCAUAAAUUUCCAUUGCUAAUAAUGGGCUUCUCAGGUCUAUUUUAUAGCCUUUUCCAUUGCAGCUCUAUUUUCUGCUAUACAUGUAAAAUAGUAGUAAUAUUUGAUGGGUAAAAGAAUUGUGCUUGGAAAUCAUCAGUAGAGAGCACAUAGUGCACCUUCUCAUUGUUUUGUAUCCUACUGUAACUGAAGUGUUUAAUCAUUGGCCAUUGCCAUGAAAUGCAUCUAGCUUUUUUUGGGCGUCAAUAGAAUCACCUGUUUUUUUUUAAUCUUUAUUUCUGCACUGUGGCACCAAUGGCACCAAUUUACAGUCCCUCUAUUCAUUCUAAUGUACUUCCAAAGAAAGAUACAGUAUAAUGCCAAUUUCAGACAAUGGAGUUGGUUUCUAGUAAUUGGAGACAAGUCUUAUUCUACAAUGGUGUCUAGCUAGACAUUUAUGGAUAGUAUCUGUUCUGUGUUUUGAUUGUCAAAAAUCUGCUUCUUGAGAAUAAGAUUUUGUUAGCUGCACCUUCUAAGACUCUCUCUCUCUCUCUCUCUCUCUCUCUCUCUCUCUCUGAGUAUUCCAGAUUUGCUAAACUGCAAUAGCACAGGAUUAUAAAUAAUUAUUGUGCCAAUCAUCUGAUGAAGUUUUUUUUUUUUUUAA